AUGAAAAGAACGCGCAAUGGUCCUGCGCCCGAUCCAAAUGCAGCAGAUCACAGAGGUCCGCAUCAUUUGACGAAGCCUAUCUUUCUCGAAUCCAUUACUCCAUUGGAAUCGAUCUCCCCUCCACAGUCUCCCACAAAUCAGAUUCAUAGGCCAUCAAAGUUUCGACGCCAAGGAUCAAAAAUCCUGUCGGUUUUGCGCUCAUUAGCCAACAGUAGUAAGUACCUUCCUUUCCUGUGUAUCUCCAAUCAAAACCUUACAUGUUCUAAUUAUCGUUUCUGAUCUUUUAGGCUCAAGUAUAGCUUUAGAAGAAGACUAUGCUCCAUUAUCACCUCCUCCUGAGUCUGUCGCUCUGGGCAAGAAAAUCUCGAUGGCUUUAGUCAAAGCUCCACCCACUAUCGUUCAUCGUACACAAUUCAAGAGCAGACCCAGUCUGAUAUCACUGGAUAAAGGCGUUUUGGAAUUCAUGCCGGAUGCUCCUACCCCUCCAUCAAGUGCCGAAUCCACGAGCAACAGUGGAAAGUCAUCUGGUCCUGAUGCUAAACAAUCAACACAGAAGACUUCUCUUGAGUCUAAGUUCUCUCAAAAAUCCGCUGGUAUAUCUCAACAUUCGUCUGAGAAUAAAAAGGCUGUUCCAAAGGCUUUGAAUCAAGCAGAAGGUAGUUCUGCUGAUGGUGUUCUCGCGUCCAUCACUGAGACUGAUAAUGUUGAAUGUCCACAACCAGUCCCAAGUAAGUUCUUCAUGCCAUUAAUGUUGUAGCUAACUGACAGCUUGCAGCUGUAAUCACUGUUGAGAAAGCAGCCUCUGCUAAAGUUUUCUUCGAAACUUAUUACAAUGAGAUUACUGCCAAACCAGUAACACCUCGAUCUCUUCGCCGCUUGAACUUGGAGAAUGAGCUCUUAAAUGAUAUGGUAUCUUCUCCAACAGACAAAGCCGAAAGACGUCAAGCGUUAGCAACAGCGGAGACCAACCACCUUAGAGAGACGAGAAAUAUGAAGGUACGUAGUACUAAUGCGUUGAAGGGUAGAGACUUUAAGCCUUCGAAUUAUGAGGUGGUGAAGGUUCUUGGAAAGGGUAGUUUUGGUGUUGUUAGACUUGUUAGGGAGAAGCGGGCACCAGGUACUAGCGAGUAAGUUAUUGUCCGUUCUGUAUGACUGAGAGUGAUGACUGAUGAUGGGCAGAUCGGAGCCAAGCAAAAGUAUUUACGCCAUGAAGGUUAUCAGGAAAUCAGACAUGCUCCGGAAUAGUCAAGAAGGUCAUUUGAGAGCGGAGCGUGACUUCCUUGUUGCCGCAGAGGGAUCUAGAUGGUGAGUGAUGAUGUUCAUGACUUCAGUAAUUUGAUAAUUGACUUGAAUAGGGUUGUUCCUCUGAUUGCUAGCUUUCAAGAUCUUAACAAUUUGUAUCUUGUCAUGGAUUACAUGCCUGGAGGAGACUUUCUCGGCCUUCUCAUCCGUGAUAAUGUUCUCUCCGAGUCCGUCACCAAAUGGUAUAUUGCCGAGAUGAUCCUAUGUAUCGAAGAAGCUCAUGCUCUACGCUGGAUUCAUCGUGAUGUCAAACCAGACAACUUCUUAAUAUCUGCUUCCGGUCAUCUCAAGAUCUCUGACUUCGGAUUAGCUUUUGAUGGUCAUUGGUCUCAUGAUCAAGCUUACUUUCACAAUCACAGAUAUUCGCUUCUCAAUAAACUUGGUAUCACUGUUGAGGGAGAUUCACUUGAUAAGAAAGAAGGAAGGAGUGUUGCUGCGGCUAUGAAAAUUGCUCAUGUCAUGAUGGGUGGGAAAGAACGCCAUGAAAAGAAUUCGGAUAAUGCUUCGGAUUCGGAGAGUAUUCUUAAUUGGCGUAAUCGCUUUGGUAAUAGGACGCUUGCACGCUCGGUUGUAGGUACUAGUCAGUAUAUGGCACCGGAGGUCGUGAGAGGAGAGAUGUAUGAUGCUAGAUGUGAUUGGUGGAGUGUUGCGGUGAUUCUUUAUGAAGUGAGUUGCUAUUCUGAGAUAAGGGGGGCUGCUGCUAACAUAUUAUAGUGUCUGUAUGGACAUACGCCUUUCCUUGCCGAAGAGGGUGGAAGACAACAAACGAAGAUGAACAUCUUGAACCACAAGACAACUUUCCAAUUUCCUUCCCGUCCAUCUGUCAGCAGAAGGUGCCAGGAUCUCAUUCGUAGUAUGAUUCAAGAAAAAGAUCAUCGCUUAUGCAGCCGACGAUACAAAUCCAGAGAUACAACACUUGGUUCCAUGUCAUCACGCCGAAACCAAGAUUAUGCCGGUCGUUACGUAUAUCCCAACGAUGGAGAAGAUAUCAAAGCGCAUAAAUGGUUCCGCGAUGUUCAAUGGGAUCGUAUUCACCUAAUGCCUCCUCCUUUCAUCCCCAACAUCAAGUCUAUGGAUGAUACCCAUUAUUUCGACGAAGAGGAACCUAUUUCUGAUUUUUCGGAGUCGGUAACCGCGGUUACUCCAACGGUUCAGCAGAUUGCUGAUGCGCUUAAACCUUUUAAUCGCGAGAUUCAAAUUUUAGCUACGGGUUUUAUCGAGCGUCCUCAUGAUACGGUGAGGCUUAAGAGGGUGGAAAAGGAAAUUGAUCAAUUUAAUAUGAGGGAUGAGGAAAAGGAAUAUCUCAAGAGGUUUGUCAAGACGUUUGGAAAGAAGGAGAGGAAGAGGCCGAGGGAUCGUUUGUUGAGGGAUAAGGAUAUCGCGCCGAAGAUCUUGGAGUUGAGGAAGAAGGGCGCGUUUUUGGGGUAUACUUAUAGGAGGAUUGAUGCCGGGGUUGGCUGUGUGAGGUAUGGGGCUGGGGGAGGGAUGGUGGCGCAGGGUAGUUGGAGGGCAAAUGUUUGGCAUCGGGCGAGGUUGAGUGUUCAUUAG